AUGAGUAAUAUGAAUCAAUCAGAUACCUCCAACUUCAUCCUGAUAAGCCUCUUCAGCAGAUGUGGUUCACAUGAACUCCUUUUCUCCCUUGCGGCUGCCAUAUUUAUCAUUGGCCUUCUGGGAAACACUAUUCUACUCAUCUUGAUCCAGUUGGACUCCAGACUCCACACACCCAUGUACUACCUGCUGAGUCAGCUUUCCCUCUUAGAUGUUUGUUUCCCCCUCAUCACCAUACCCAAGAUGGUAUCAGAAUUCCCUAAGAAAGAAAGCUUAAUUUCCUUUGGAGGUUGUGCAGCACAAAUAUUUUUCCUGACCAUGAUAGGUGUGGCUGAAGGAGUUCUACUGGCCCUCAUGUCUUAUGACCGCUUUGUGGCAGUGUGCCAUCCCCUACAGUACCCUAUACUCAUGAGACAUCAAGUGUGCCUGUUUAUGGUGGCCUCUUCCUGGCUAGCAGGUGUGCUCAAUGCCUCCAUCCAGACUUCCAUCACUCUGAACUUUUCCUAUUGUGCCUCUCGAGUUGUAGACCACUUUUUCUGUGAAGUGCCAGCCCUGCUAAAACUCUCCUGUUCAGAUACUUCCAUAUAUGAGAUGGCACUAUCCAUCUCUGGGGUGCUGAUCCUCAUGCUCCCCCUUUUACUCAUCAUUACUUCAUAUGGCCAUGUUUUGAGGGCUGUUCUGCACAUGCACUCACAGGAAUCCAGGAAUAAGGCCUUCACUACCUGCUCUUCACACAUCACAGUAGUGGGACUCUUUUAUGGUGCCGCAGUAUUUAUGUACAUGGUACCUGGUUCAUACCACACCCCACACCAGGACAACAUGGUUUCCCUUUUCUACAGCCUCAUCACCCCUACUCUCAAUCCCCUCAUCUACAGUCUGAGGAACAGAGAGGUGCGGAUUGCUUUCUUAAAAUUGUUUGGCAGAUUUAGAAACAAGCAAAAAUGA